UUUGGUUAACAAUUUUCAUGCCAUUUGUGUUACAUCUAGAAAAUUGUAGCGUGCCGUCAUAUUCUAUUUAACCCCCGAAAACAAGUAUAAAGACAAGAUGCCAGCCAAAACGACGUCCGUGAAGAAAAGGUUUGUAUCUGAUGGUAUGUUACGUGCUGAACUAAAUGAGUUCUUGACACGAGAACUUGCUGAGGAUGGUUAUUCUGGUGUUGAUGUCCGUGCUGCUCCAUCACGUACAGAAAUUGUUAUCUCUGCUACUCGUACCCAAAAUGUAUUGGGUGACAAGGGACGUCGUAUUCGUGAACUCACUUCUCUUAUACAGAAACGUUUUGAUUUCAAAGACAAAGCAGUAGAACUUUUCGCUGAAAAAGUAGCUCAACGUGGAUUAUGUGCUGUUGCCCAAGCUGAGUCAUUGCGUUACAAGUUAAUCGGAGGUCUAGCUGUCAGAAGGGCAUGCUAUGGUGUAUUGAGAUUCAUCAUGGAAAGUGGAGCUAAGGGAUGUGAAGUUGUAGUAUCUGGUAAAUUAAGAGGUCAGCGUGCUAAAUCUAUGAAAUUCGUAGAUGGACUUAUGAUUCACAGUGGUGAUCCUUGCAAUGAUUAUGUUAAUGUUGCUACUAGACACGUUCUGUUGAGACAAGGAGUUUUGGGUAUCAAGGUAAAAAUUAUGUUGCCGUGGGAUCAAUCUGGUAAACUUGGUCCAAAGAAGCCUUUGCCGGAUAAUGUUAGUGUUGCUGAGCCUAAAGAAGAAAUUCUACCUAUUGCACCGACUAGUGAUAUCAAAACUAAACCAGAAGUGGCGGUACCUGCUGUUCCAGUAGUACCUGUUGUUGGAUAAAAUGAUUGUAUAAAAUAAAGUUUUU